GAGUUUUGUUGUUUAACAGGUUUCGUGGCAGCCAGGGCUGAAGGAGACUUCCAACAACUUCAGAGACAAUGAGAGUCAAAGAUGACACUAUAACGCUUAAUAAGGUAGAAGAUGUAAACAGUGAAUCAAGCAAGAAAGGGAAAGAGAGCGAUGAGAAAAGGAGCCCAACUUCAAGACAGCCAUCAAAUGCUCGUAGAUGUCCCCAGCAGAAAGGACUCUCACAAUUCACAAACAACGUUGACGAAGGAAAUCAAGAUGAAAAACCUUGCCAAGAAUCUUCUGAGUUCAAGUCUGAACAAAGCACUUCAAACGAGCAGCCUGUAGAUAAUCAGGAGAAGUGCAGUGACAAUUCCAACUCCCAAACAGAGAGGAGUGGGAGCCUGUCGGAAGAGAGUCCGCAACAAUUGGAAACAUCUCCAGGCCAAUCGUCAGAAAACCAAGAUCAUUCAGAAAGAUCUCAAAGCCGGUCGGAGAGUUCUUGCGAUCGGUCAGAGAGUUCUCCUGGCCAGUCGGAGAGAUCUCGUGGCCAGUCAGAGAGUUCUAAUGGGCAAUCUGAGACAUCGUGUGACCAGUCAGAGAGAUCUUGGGCCCAAACAGAAAGAUCUCGUGGCCAAUUAGAGAAAGCUCGUGAUCAGCCAGAGACAUCUCGUGCCCGAUUAGAGAGAGCUCAUGACCAGCCAGAGAGAUCUCAUGCCCGAUUAGAGAGAGCUCAUGACAAGCCAGAAAGAUCUCAUGCCCAAAUAAAAAGAUCUCGUGGCUACCCAGAAAGAUCUCGUAGCCGAUCAAAGAGAUCUCGUGGCCACACUGAGAGAUAUCACGGUCACUCAGAGAGGUCUCGUGAUCAUUCAAAGAGAUCUCCUAUCCCAUCAGGAAGAUCUCAUUUCCCAUCAGGGAGAUCUCCUGUCCCAUCCAGGAGAUAUCCUGUCUCAUCAGGGAGAUAUGUCCCAUCAAGGAGAUAUCCUGUCCCAUCAGGGAGAUCUCCUGUCCCGUCAGGGAGAGAUCAUUUCCCAUCAGGAAGAUCUCCUUUCCCAUCAGAGAGAUCCUAUUUCCCGUCAAGGAGAUCUCCUGUCCCGUCAGGGAGAUCUCAUUUCCCGUCAAGGAGAUCUCCUGUCCCGUCAGGGAGAUCUCAUUUCCCAUCAAGGAGAUCUCCUUUCCUGUCAGGGAGAUCUUAUUUCCCAUCAGAAAGAUCUCCUGUCUCAUCAGGGAGAUAUUUCCCAUCAGGGAGAUCUCCUGUUUGGUCAGGGAGAUCUGUCUCAUCAGGGAGAUCUCCUUUCCUGUCAGGGAGAUCUUAUUUCCCGUCAAGGAGAUCUCCUGUCCCGUCAGGGAGAUUUCAUUCCCCAUCAGGGAGAUCUCCUGUCCCAUCAGAGAGAUCUUAUUUCUCCUCAGAGAGAUCUCAUCUCCUAUCAGGGAGAUACCAUGGCCAAUCAGAGAGAUACCGAAGAUACUCACCAGUAGAAAGAUUCAAAACAUCACCCAAAUUUGAGUCUGAAUUUGACAGGUUUUUAACAAUGAAAAGAAGGCGUGAACACUUCCAGAAACAGGUGUAUCGAAGACAUGAUCAAAUGAACAGGAAUCGAAGGAUAUCACCAGAAAAUGGCCGCAGAUCCCACGAAAGCGAUCGAAGACGUGAAAGACAGAGACAGAGCAUGAACGGGGGAGAGCCAGAGAGAGAGGGAGACACAGAAUCUGAAACAGGCUCCAGGCUCUGAGCCGUCAGCCCAGAGCCCGACGCGGGGCUCGAACUCACGGACCACGAGAUCGUGACCUGGCUGAAGUCGGACGCUUAACCGACUGAGCCACCCAGGCACCCCGCACUCUCUCUUUUUUCCAAGUCAAACACUGUUUUUGGUCCCGUUGGGUCCCAGCAGGAACAAUAUCUAUAACCAGGAAAAAAGAGCAACAGUGAAAGAAAUCACCUGACUUAUUUUAAAACCACUGGCUACCCCACCUUAACUGAUAAUAUCAAGAUAACCCCUUAGCAGUUAGGCUUUAGUUAUUCUCUGCUUCUUACAGAGGGUGGCUACUCUUGAGAUAGCCAGGCUGCUGCUUCUAUUAAUUUCUGUGUAUCCACAUGUUCCAGCUACUUAAAACAGAAUUGGUUUUUAAAGUUUAUUUUAAUUUUGAGAGACAGAGAGAGCACACACAGGCAGGAGAGGGGCAGAGUGGGGGAGAGAGAGAGAAUCCCAGGCAGGCUCAGUGCUGUCAGCAGAGAGCCCGAUGGGGGACUGUAACUCACGGACUGAACCGUGAGAUCAUGACCUGAGCCAAAACCGGGAGCUGGACGCUUAACCGACUGAGCCACCCAGGCACUCCCAGCUACUUUUUAAAUAACAACUUUAUUGAGGUAUAAUUUUCAUACCAUAAAGCUCACCCACUUAAAGUAUACAACUCAGUGGCUUGUGGUAUAUUAACAGAGUAUGUCACCAUCACAAUAAUCUAAUUAUAGAACAUUUUCAUUAGCCCCUAAAGAAACUCCUUGUACCCAUUAGUAGUCACUCCCUCUUUUUAAAAAAAAAAAAUUUUUUUUUUAACGUUUAUUUAUUUUUGAGACAGAGAGAGACAGAGCAUGAACAGGGGAGGGUCAGAGAGAGGGAGACACAGAAUCGGAAACAGGCUCCAGGCUCUGAGCUGCCAGCACACAGCCCGACGCGGGGCUGGAACUCAAGGAGCACGAGAUCAUGACCUGAGGUGAAGUCGGCCGCUUAACCGACUGAGCCACCCAGGCGCCCCUAGUCACUCCCUCUUAACUCCCUUACCUCCCUCCCCACUCCAGCCCAAGGCACCUACUAAUCCAUUUUCUUUAUAUAUAGAGGCUGUGGCUACUUUUGUUCCAAAAUGCUUCUAGGUAUGACCAUACUGAAAUAAUAGCAAAGCUGCUUUGGCAUUUGAGGAGUAGAAAAACUCGUCUUGUGGUUUUGAAGAAACAAUAUAAAAAAAGGCUAGAUUCAUGCAUACAAGUGAUCUUCUUGGAUGCUAUGCAAAGAUUCCUCAAUUCAAUACUUGGAACCUUAAUGCUAAAAGGAACUUUGAAGAUUCUUGAGUAAAACGUCUUCAUUAUGCAGCUGGUGGAAAUGAGACCUAGAGAGGUUAAGUUAAAUAGCCCAAAGUUGCUCAUCUAAUUGUGCCCGUCAAAUACAUUUUUAUUAAAUAUUAUACUUAAU